AUGAUCAACAGCGGAUACCAAGGUAGGACGGUGCCUACGGAGUUCGGACACUCGAAGCCGGCCCCGAAAAUGCCAUACGUCCGUUUGGGAAAGAGUGGCUUGAAGGUUUCCCGACUGAUCCUCGGCAUGGCAACCUACGGCACGAAGGAAGAUGUCGCGUGGCGCAUCGAGGAAGAAGAGGCACUUCAGCACUUGAAGAGAGCGUGGGACCUGGGUUUCAAUACGUUUGAUACAUCCAAUUUCUACUGUAACGGUAUCAGCGAGGAGAUUCUUGGGAAGUUCCUCAAAACCGUUCCGCGUGAGUCGGUCGUUGUGAUGACCAAGCACAUCUUUGACAAUGUCAAGCUGGCACUCAAGAGGCUGGACACAGACUACAUCGACGUUCUGCAGCUUCAUCGAUUUGACUAUGAAACUCCGAUCGAAGAGACUAUGACGGCCUUGCAUGAUGUUGUCAAAGCAGGCUACGUCCGCUAUAUCGGUAUCAGUAGCUGUUGGGCAUGGCAGUUCCAUGCGAUGCAGAACUACGCUCUGAAUAACAAUCUCACACCAUUUGUGAAUUGUCAAAAUCUCUAUAAUCUCUUGUAUCGAGAGGAAGAACGGGAGAUGAUGCCAUUGCUGAAAUACCUUGGCGUCGGCUCGACCCCGUGGAGUCCUCUCGCAAGAGGCCACUUGGCGCGGCCUCUGUCUCGCGCGUAUGAGACUGUCCGCUCGACGUCCGAUGCCUAUCACGACGAAGGCUUGCUUGGUGCAGAGUGGGAGAAAGAAGUCAAUCAAAGGGUCGAGCAGCUAGCCGAGAAGCGCGGAUGCAACAUGGCUCAGAUCGGUCUUGCCUGGGUUCUCCAUAAGGACGCUGUAGCUGCUCCUAUCGUGGGCGUUUCGAAGAUUGAGCGGUUCGAAGAGACUCUGGCUGCACUUGAUAUCGAAUUGAGUGAAGAGGAGAUCAAAUUUCUUGAGGAGCCUUACCAACCGUGA